CUUCUGGUGAGAUUGGAUGGAGAGCCCCUCACAGCAUCACUUCAGCAAGCAUCAAUAGCGUUUUCCCGUUAACUAUGUCUCUUUUUUCAUGCUCUUUUUGACAUUUCAAAUGUUGAACAAGUCAUAUUAUCCGGCGCAUAUUUAAUCGGUUGUGGUAACGUUCAGAGAGGUAUUGUGCCCACAUGGGCAGCGUUCUGGCCCUAUCGUCUGGUGCGGCCAAUGGGACCUGGCCCUUCUCCCCCGACACCCCUCCCUCCCGUUGGGACACGCACCCCGCCCACUGGGACCGCCCCCCGCGCUGGGAGAGGAGAGAUGGCCGCCUGCCCAACCCUGGCAGCUUCCACUCCCUGCACAGGAGCUGCAAGGAUGUAUUCCCACAGCAGAUCGAGGGUGUCAAGAUGACAGUCAAUAAGACUUUAAGCAGCUUCUUCAAGGCCAGCCACACAUUCCACCUCAGUGCGGUCAGUCCAUCCUACUAUCGCUUCCACACGGAACACCUGCAGGACGACCAGUACAGCAAAGAUAAGGACGCUCCCGCGCUGAUUGGAGAGAUGGAUUCUUCAGGGAGUUUAAACGCUCAUUCUCUCAUUCAUCUGACCGAGGGAGUCAGAGCAAGGGCCGUAUUCCAGAGCCAGCAGUCCCAGUUUGUCACGUGGCAGUUUGAGACCGAGUACAGAGGAAGUGACUUCACCGCCGCUGUUACCGUGGCCAACCCAGACGUCCUCCGAGAGUCGGUGAUCCUAGUAGCUCACUUCCUGCAGAGCGUGUCGUCGGGGCUGGUGCUCGGGGGGGAGCUGGUGUAUCACCGCGGGCGGGCCGAGGAGGGGGGCAUCCUCACUCUGGCAGGACAGUACUCCCGUCCAAACUGGGUGGCAACUCUUAAUGCAGGCAAGGGAGGUGCCCAUGCUAGCUACUACCACCGCGCCAACAAACAGAUCCAGGUCGGGGUGGAGUUUGAGGCCAGCACGAGGACCCAGGAGACCACCGCCUCCUUCGGGUACAGGAUGGAGCUCCCUGAGGCCAACAUGGUGUUCAGAGGUAUGGUGAACAGCAGGUGCAUCAUCGGAGGUGUGCUGGAGAAGCGCCUCACCCCGCUGCCGGCCACCCUCAUCAUGGGGGCCUUCGUCAACCACAGAGGGGACAAGCUGCAGGUGGGACUGGGGGUCAAUGUGGGCUAGUCCCACUAGACCUGACCACCACCAUCAGCCCCAUGCAGUUCUGAAUGCCCAAGGGACAAGAUGCAGUAAACUCCUACCGAUGGGGACCGGAUUGUAACCCAAACUCUUUGGUUUUGUCCAUCCUAUUUUUUGUAAAAAACAGCAACAACAAAAUAAUGAGAAAAAAAAAUGUUUUUGUGUAAGGUAGAGGCAAGCAAGAUAAAGAAAGGAUGCUCGGUACUCAACGUCCAGUGUGGCUGGCAGCCUCUUGUAGACAUGUAUUGCACAUGCGUGUGUGUGUGUGUGUGUGUGUGUGUGUGUGUGUGUGUGUGUGUGUGCAUGUGUGUGAGCACGUGGGUGUUGGUGUGUGACGGACGAGGUUGAUCGAUCUAGCCAGGCUUGAUUUUAUUGAGCUGUGAACAACAAGGACUUGUGGGAAAUGUAGUUUUAUAACCUGGCGUUAAUGCCUGCUCGAAAUGCUAACACUAGAUUAGACAUACAUAUGGCUUCAUAUUUUUCUUAAAGUGCCCAUUUCUAAAUAUCAAUGUGUAACCAGCACAAUCUCUGCUACGUAUUCAGGUACUGAAGGUUGCUUUAGUUUAAGAACACAAAUUUGUCAUGGAUAUAUUUUUUUCUUCACAACAAUAAACGGUCACUAACGCUCCUCAGUCAGGUAAGAAUGUGACUUCCUUUGGGCGUGUGGCCAACAGUUGCUGAUCUUUCCUUGGUUGGUCCAUCACCAAGAGGGCAAAGAUUCCUCCUGCUAGGUUUCGGUUGAACGUUCCCCAUGGAGGUGACGAUACGUACAGGCACUCCACUAGUGCCCUGCCUCUUUAACAUGGGGAUGUCUAUCUGGUUUCAUGCACUGUAUAAUUAUUAUCAUUAUUAUUAUUAUCAUGAGGUACUGUAUUUUUAUGAGCGUAGUGACACAGUGAACUGUAUGCAAGCUGCACUACCAUGCCUCCGGGCAUCCCCAGUGUGUUAGGGAUGGAAAAGAUGACUUUGGUUCAUGUCUGUCUUGUUUGUCCGAAAUUAAUAAAUCAAGAUGUUAUUUAUUGCUAA